AUGAUGAGCAGUCGAUCUAGGGCCACUGAAUUCUGCCUUCUAGGCUUCCCUGGGUUCUCAGAACUACACCAGUCUUUUUUCUACAUUCUACUCAGUGAUAUUGAUGGGAAGCAAAUCGCCAUCUUGAUUGUCAGUGUUGAUAAAUGUCUGCAGACCCCCAUGUAUUUCUUCCUUGGUCCCCUCUCUUCCUUGGAGAUCCUGAUCACAUCCAUGAUGUGAGCAGGGGGUUGCUGCUCCCUUGGAUGCAGACAACCUCUCUGACUGCGUGUGUUGCUCAGCUCUUCCUGGACCUGGGUGGGGACCACAGAGUUUGCAUUAUUGGGUGCCAUGAUUGUGGACCAUUACAUAGCUGUCUGUAACCCCUUGAGGGACAACAUCAUCAUGAGCAGCUGCACCUGCAUCUGGGUGGUGGUUGUGUUUUGAGUGUUUGGCUUUCUGUUUCAAUUCUGGCCAGACCAUGACACGUUUCAGCUGACCUUCUGCAGAACAAAUGUGUUAGACCAUUUCUACUGUGACCAAGGACAGUUGCUGACACUCUCCUGUGAGACUCUUUUCACAGAAUUCAUUCUCUUCUUAAUGGCUGUUUCCAUCAUCCUGGGUUCUCUGGCACCAACUAUUGUCUCCUCUACCUGCAUCAUCUCCACCAUUCUCAACAUACCCACUGCCUCUGGGUGGGGAAAAGCCUUCUCCACCUGUGCAUCCCACUUCACCUUCGUGGUGAUUGGCUAUGGCACCUACCUGUUCCUCUACAUGAAGCGGCAAGUGUAGGCAGCUGGGCACAAUAAGAUAGCGAGCCUGUUGAUUUCCAUGUUAACUCCUUUCCUAUGCCCUCUCGUCUUCACACUCUGGAAUGACAAAGUCAAAGAGACCCCUCAAAAUGGUUUGAAAUGCUGCUGCCAGCUCCUCAGAGAUUAA